UCUUGUUAUUAACUCUCUCCACACAUACCAACCAUGGAGUCGAUAAGUUUACUGUUAAUUAUAAUCACACUAUUUUUGGCUACAAUUAUCCUCGCUCUAAUUCUCUGUCAUCAAACAAAUUUCUGGGAACGAAAAGGAAUUCCUUAUUUAAAACCCCUAAUACCAGUAUUAGGCAGUAUGUCCAUAAUAUUAUUUCGUCGCUCCUCGUUCUACGAUGGUUUAAAUUAUCUCUACAAUAAAUUUCCCGACGCAAAAUAUUACGGAAUGAUGAUUUUACAUACACCAUUAAUUUUGCUUCGUGAUCCCGAAUUAAUUAAAGAAAUCUGUGUGAAAAAUUUCGAUAAUUUUAUCGAUCGUCGCAGUUUUAUGACUGAAGAAAUGGACCCAGUUUAUGGGAGAAAUGUAUUUUCAUUGAAAGGCGAUCGUUGGAAGAAGAUGAGAAAUACUUUGAGUCCAGCUUACACUGCCGCUAAAAUGCGAAUCAUGUUUGAAUUAGUUGAAAAAUGUGCUCGCGAUUUUAUUCAAUAUUUCAUCGAUCAUCCAAAUGAAGCGAAUUCUGUUGAACUGUCAGAUGCAUUUACCAGAUAUUGUAACGAUGUAAUAGCUACCGCUGCAUUUGGAAUCACUGUUAAUUCACUAACAGAUCGUGAAAAUGAAUUUUACAAGAGGGGAAAAAAUUCCUUUAAUUUAGAUAGUCCAAAACGUUUUGUUAAAUUCAUUGCUUUUCGUUUAUUUCCAAAAUUAAUGCAUCUACUUGGUAUAACAUUUCUAGCUAAAAAAUCUGAUCGUUUUUUCAAGAAAAUCAUUACCGAAACAGUGAUAACGAGAGAUGAGAAAAAUAUAAUUAGGCCUGAUAUGAUACACUUGUUGAUGGAAGCUAGAAAUAAGGAUGAUAACGAUUUAUCAAUGGAUGAUAUCAUUGCACAAGCAUUUUUGUUCUUUUUGGCAGGUUUCGAUUCAUCAUCAGGUCUCAUGAAAUUUAUGGCCCAUGAAUUAGCGGUAAAUUUCGAAAUUCAAAAGAAGCUGCAAGAAGAAGUAGACAAUCUUUACCAGAAUGAUGAAAACGUUGACGAUUUGUACGAAAAAUUAUCAGAAUUAAAAUACAUGGACAUGGUGAUAUCGGAAGCAUUACGAAAGUACCCUCCUAAUCCUUUGAUAGACAGACUCUGUGUAAAGGAGUACGAUUUUCCAAAACCCACACCAGACAGUGUGCCAUACACCGUAAAACCAAAUAAUGCCAUUUGGAUACCAAUCUACGCUUUACAUCAUGAUCCGCAAUAUUUUCCUGAACCAGAAAAAUUUGAUCCUGAAAGAUUUAAUGCUGAAAAUAAGAACAAAAUUCAUCCAUAUUCCUAUUUACCGUUUGGUCUUGGACCACGAAAAUGUAUUGGAAAUCGAUUUUCCCUAAUGGAAACUAAACUAAUUUUCGUCCUCAUUUUGCGUAAUUUCACUUUGAAGCCCACUGAGAAAACUAAACAUCCCAUUGAAUUUGCCAACGGUGGUGGAAUGAAGGUCAAGGAUGGUCUUUGGAUCGAGUUUGAGAAGAGGGUAUUUGAUUGCUAACACGGAAAUAUUCUCUAAAAUAUAAUUACUUUUUCUAUUACUCCAACUACUGUAAUUACAUUCAUUUACUCUAUUACUUCACUCUACUGUUCAUGCUACUUUUUCUAACUAUAGUCUAAAACUAUUAUAAACUUUAAAUUAGUUAAUCUCUAACCAGUGUGAUAAAAUAAUCACUGAUAAAUAUAUGACAAGGAAAUAUCUACUAUAAGUAGUGACAUAUUCUUCAUAAAUAAAAAUGUGAGUAAAAAUUA